AUGAAGUUUACCACCAUUGCGUUGGUGGUUGGAGCCCUGGGCAAUGCGAAUGCAGCUCCCUCUCGUGGCCAUCAUGGCUCGAUCAGGAAUAUCCAGGUCGGAGUGCGGCCAGACUAUCUUGUCAGCAUGAUGGACGACAGCCCGCUGAAGCGCAAACUCGAAUCGUGCUCUGAGAAACCGCUUCGAAAGACAGACUUCUCCGUCAGUCACCGUGGAGCGCCGUUGCAGUUCCCCGAGCACACCAAAGAAGGGCUCUACGCAGCUGCUCGUCAGGGCGCAGGUAUCCUCGAAUGCGACGUUGCUUUCACCAAGGAUCGUCAGCUUGUUUGCCGACACUCGCAAUGCGAUCUUCACACGACCACCAACGUCCUUGCGGUCCCAGAACUUGCGAAAAAAUGUACUAAACCCUUCACUCCCGCUAAAGACGGCAAGCCGGCCAGCGCAAAGUGUUGCACCAGUGACUUCACUCUCGCCGAAUUCAAAUCCCUCUGCGGCAAGAUGGAUUCGUCCCUUUCAUCAGCCAAAACCCCUGAAGAAUAUCUCGGCGGCGUUGCAGCUUGGCGAACCACCCUCUACGACCAGACCUGCAGCACUCUCAUGUCCCACAAGGAAUUCAUCGAAAUCACCAACUCCCUCGGCCUCAAAUUCACCCCCGAACUCAAGACUCCACAGGUUCCAAUGCCAUUCGAAGGAGACUAUACGCAAGAGGACUAUGCUCAGCAGCUCGUGGACGAGUAUAAAGCUGCCCGUAUUCACCCUAGCCGCGUCUUCUUGCAAUCGUUCCUGCCAGACGACGUAUUCUAUUGGAUCCGCCGUGAACCAGCAUUUGGAAGGCAAGCCGUGUACCUCGACGAGCGUGUCGACACGCCCAAAGGCUACGAACAAGCCAUUGCGGACAUGAACAAUCUCGCCCGCAAGGGUGUCAAGAUCCUCGCCCCGCCAAUCUUUGCUUUACUCUCGACAGACUCGCGGAAUCGGAUCGUAGCUUCCGAGUAUGCGAAAGCGGCGAGGAAAGCGGGGAUCAAACUGAUCACCUGGUCGUUGGAGCGCUCGGGACCACUCAAGGACGUUGCAAAGAACAAGGAGUACUAUUAUCAAUCCGUGCUGUCGGCUGUGAAGGAUGAUGGCGAUAUGUACGAGGUCGUGGAUGUGUUGGCAAGGCAGGUGAACGUGCUGGGGAUAUUUUCGGACUGGCCGGCAACGGUGACUUAUUAUGCCAACUGCUUCCGGCUGUGA